GUCGCCAUAGUUUGGGUUCUUGUCACUAUUGUGAUCUUGAUUCUACAAUCAAGAGAGACAUGCCUGCCGAGAGGGCGUUCGACUUGUACACCAACCCCACCUCCUCUCCUCCUGCAAGCAAGAAGAAAUCGAGCCAGCGCUAGCCCAGGGAAGGCUGCAGUGACCCUUCUGCAAAGAAGGCUCGGACGGAGGGCCCUCCUGCACCAACUCCUUCAAAAGAGACGACUCCUCCUCCAGUCCCUGUCGACCAGAAUCCUCCAGCUCCCGUCGACCAGACUCCUCCUCCAGCUUUCGCCGACAAAACUCUUCCAACUUCCAUUGACCAGACACCUCCUUGUCAGCCAUAAAAAGUUCCAGGGGAAGCCCUUAUGAAAAUGGCCCUCAGCUCAGCCAAAGACAAGCUGACAAAGCUAUCAAGGCACCGACGCUGCUGAGAGGCCAUCAACGACACUGACUUUAUGGAAGUCGACUAGAUCUUUAACCAUGCGUUGAAUGAAGUGCUCAGCACGAGUCGUCGUUCUUGCUAAGCUUUAUUUGUUUGUCUUGUCAAUUUAUUCCCACUAACAGUUUUAUCUUUUUUCUGAUCGCUGGAAGCUUUAACCAUGAGUACUGGUUGGCCUUGCUCGGGGGCAUUGACUACUAAGUACGAGAAGAGGCUUGGCGAAUAGCUCAGAAUGGCUGAGGCCAAGCACACUGAGCAGCUCAAAACAACUGAGGCUAAGCACGCCGAGCAGCUCAAUAAGGUUGAGGGCAAGCAUGCUGAGGAGUUGCAAAGAGCUAAGGCCAAUAUCACCAAGCUCGAGGAGGAAUUGAAGAAGAAAGCAAACUUUGUUGCCAAAAUUAUUGCCUCCAAAGAUAAGUACAAGGAAGCCUCGCUGAUAAACUACCUAGAAGGCCACAAACUUCAAUCGGAGUUGGAAAUUAGCCGCAAAGAGGUUGCUGACCUUGAGGAGGCCAACACACGCAACCUGGAGAAGUAUGAGGGAGCGGCAUUCCAGUGCUUUUACAUAAUCUGGAAAAGCAACCCCAUGGAUGACUUUACUUAUCUACCUAACCCUAUAAGGGAGGCUGAGUUGGCGAAGUGUGCUGCUUGCCUGGAAAAGGGGGAGAAGGCUCAGGGAUCCCCUGAGAUAUCCCUAGCAAUAGGCAUUGAGGGUGUCAACGAAGAUGCUGGGGCCACAGUCUUUGAGCAGCCUCAAGAGCCUCAGUAGAAUCCUCCGACUACUUCAUAAUUUUAUCUGUUUUUAUUUUUGUUUAAUUUGUAUUUUAAGACACACGAACUACGGUUCGUGAUGUCAAGACAACUUAUUAUUUUAUU